GUCAUGCGCAUAUCGUGCUGUUGUUUGAAACAUGGCCUAUGUUCCACAAGCAGGUGAAGUGCACACCUCAUCCAUGCGCGCCACACUAUCGCUUUUUACGCUAGGAACAAAGCUGCUUGCAUGUUGCCGGAGGUACACGGAUGGACAGGCAGCCUAGCUGAUGAAGCUCGAGUAGCGUUCCGGGUUGUGUCGCAGGGGUUGAAGGCCCUUCAGACGGGGGUAGCCGGUGUGUGCCGGCCGGUUGCUGGAUCGCGUGCCCUUGCUUCGGAAAGCUUACGCCUCCAGUCAUAUCGCCUAUACCUUUGGUAAAAAUACAUCUUGUUGUCUCCUUUCCUCCACCAAAGGCCUUCCCCACUGCGCAACACCUCUAAAACCCUUUUCUGUUACUCCCGAAGACAGAGCGCCCGUAGCCCCGCACACUAGAUGUUCUCCGCCCUCGCUCAAUCUCUGAUACCGACGAUGACGAACAUGCGUGGAGUUGCUGUGGGCUUCCGGAGAGGGCUCGCUGCUUCCGCAAACAAGUCGAGUGAAAAGAUUGGAUUCGUGGGCUUGGGCGCGAUGGGGCUCCGCAUGGCUCGGCACCUGCUGGCAUCUGGACGUGACCUCGUGGUGUUUGACUCGAACUCCAUAGCCGUUGACCGGAUCCUGUCGGAGGCCGCGGCGGCGCAGGCCGCGGGGCAGGGGCAAGGACAGGGGGCCCCAGCGGGGGAAGCAGCGGCAGCAGCAGGCGCAAGGGCGGCGGCAGGAGGCGGAGGCGCGGGGCACGAGGCGGCGGUGCCUGCGCCGCCGCGGGUGUACGGCUCUGCGACGGCGGUGACCAGUCCUGCGGAACUUGCGGAGACGCCAGGCGUGGGUGUGGUGUUCACGAUGCUGCCCGGCCCCGCCAUCGCUCGUCAGGUGUACCUGGGCCAGGCGGGCCUGCUGGCGCCCAAGGCCGGCAUCGUGCCGCGAGUGCUGGUGGACUGCACCACGCUGGACCCCGGCACGGCGCGCGAGCUGGCCGCCCGUGUGCGCGCCACCCGCGUGCACGCCGGCCUGUCCGGGCCUCGCCUGGCGGGCCUGCCCGCCGCCUACCCCACACUGCUGGACGCGCCGGUGUCGGGCGGCGUGGUGGGCGCCGACAAGGGCACGCUGUCCUUCCUGGUGGGCGGUGAGGAGGCCGCACUGCCGGCAGUGGAGCCGCUGCUCAAGGCCAUGGGCAGCUCGGUGACCUGGUGCGGCGACGCGGGGGACGCGCAGGCGGCGCGGCUGUGCACCAGCCUGGUCAUGGCCUCCACCAUGGCUGCCACCAGCGAGGCUCUGGCUCUGGCUCGGCGGCUGGGCGUGGAUCCGGAGCUGAUGAGCCGCGUGCUGAACGCCAGCAGCGCCCGCUCCUGGGUCAGCCAGCAGUACAGCCCCGUGCCCGGCAUCAGCCCGGACGCACCCGCCAGCAAGGGCUACCGCGGCGGGCUGCGCAGCUCGCAGGUCCAGUCGCACCUGCAGAUGGCGGUGGAGGCGGCGGAGCGCUGCCACUCGCCCGUGCCCAUGGCGCGACAGGUGCUGGACAUGUACACGCAGGUCGUGGAGGAGGGCAUGGGUGACCAGGACUUUGCCUCCGUGUACCGCUACGUGUACGGCUCCGGCAGCGACGCGGGCGAGUGGAAGGAGGGCCAGACGCUGUUCGGCGCGCAGCACCCUUGAGAAAGCCGUGGAGGGGAGGGAGGAAGGGAGGGAGGUGGGAGGGAGGGACAGAUGGAGGGAGGGAGGGAAGGAGUGGACAAGGGAAGGAAAAGAGGGAGAUGCGUUCGAGUGUCUAGACGAAGGUGGCGUGUGCGGGAUGCAGGGGUCAAGUAGGUUUGAAAGGCUGGGUGCCUUUGCGGUAACGCUAGGAUGCACCUCAUUCAUGCGCAUGGCAUUGGGCGAUUGCUGAGGCGUCGAGGGCGCAUGCAGGAGCGAGCGGCGUGGUGGGAUGACAGCGUGUGUGAGGGGUAGCGAGAACCGAAAUCGGUUUGGGCUAACGCUACCGCAUCACGAAGAGGGCCCGUGGGCAGCCGGUGCAAUGCGAUUUGGGGCGUUUAAGAUAUGUAUUGCUUUUGCAUUCUUACCAACUUCUGGCGUGGGUUUCAGAGUGCAAGGGUGUUGGAGUGCGAGGGGCUGAAGAGUGCCCCUGCUGGGUGGCAGGCGCGACGGGGAGGGAGGGUAUGGAGGGGACGCCAGAGCGACGAAGGUCUUAGGUGCAGGGCACGUGUGUGUGGCGCGCGCCUAGCUUCCUGGCUUGCUUGCUAUUAUUCGCCGUGAUUAAACACCCUAUGUUGACAUGUAAGCGGCGGGCGCCGUGCUUUGGUUGUGCGAGUGCUGCCGCGCGCCGGCCUGGCGUUGGAGGGAGGACAUCCGGGACAAACGGCCCAACGGUAAUCGUACGAGCCCAUUCGCA